GCGGCUCCCUAGACGAGUUGCAAAACAACGGAUCUUUCGGGGUGCACAGCGACGUUGCAUUACUACACACACCGCGGAGGUCGGUACAACAACAUCCAUUUAUUUUUUUUGGCAAACGGUCCGUCAAAAAGGAACCAAAAUUCGCCGAACAGCAUUCCGUGUUUUCUUUUUUGGUUUUCGUUUCGUUUCGUUAUCCGGCCGGGACGUUUUCAAUUCCACCGCCGCGUUUCGUUUUAUUUUUUAUUUUUUGAUAUAUCGAGAGGGAGCCGUUUUUCGCGAUCAAAUUGUGCUAAGUUUUCGAUCACUUCCCGAUGUUAAUUAUCGCCGUAAUUGUUAGUGUUACUAGUUUUGGUUAUCUAAAUAAUGUUUGUUGUGUUUGUUGAUGUGUAAAAAGUGUUUAAGAGUUGAAUUAACUUAAGCGAGUGCUAUGGCAGAAGGUAAUGGUGAAGUAACAGAAGAACCAAUGAAAAUCGAACCCGAAAUUACAGAGAGAACCGAAGACUAUCAAAAAUUAUUAGACUAUGGCCUGGAUGAAAAGGUGGCGUCCAAACUAGACGAAAUUUACAAGACUGGUAAAUUAGCGCACGUCGACCUAGACGAGAGGGCGCUCGACGCGCUCAAAGAGUUCCCGGUAGAUGGCGCCCUCAACGUGCUCGGUCAGUUCCUGGACUCGAAUCUCGAGCACGUUUCCAACAAGUCUGCGUACCUGUGCGGCGUGAUGAAGACUUACCGGCAAAAGAGUAGGGCCGGCCCGAGUCAGGGAACGGCGCCGCCGGUUGCGGUCCCCGUCAAGGGGCCCGACGAGGAAAAGAUCAAACAGAUACUGGACCGCACCGGCUACACGCUUGACGUAACGACAGGUCAAAGAAAAUACGGGGGUCCGCCGCCGCACUGGGAGGGCAGCACCCCCGGCGCCGGAUGCGAAGUGUUCUGCGGCAAAAUACCGAAAGACAUGUACGAGGAUGAGCUGAUCCCCUUGUUCGAGGAGUGCGGGACGAUAUGGGAUCUGAGGCUGAUGAUGGACCCGAUGACCGGCACGAAUCGGGGCUACGCUUUUGUCACGUUCACUACGCGAGACGCGGCCCAGGUGGCCGUCCAAAAGUUGGAUAAUCACGAAAUCAAACCCGGCAAGACACUGAAAAUUAACAUUAGCGUACCAAAUCUGCGGCUAUUUGUCGGCAACAUACCAAAGUCUAAAGGCAAAGAGGAGAUACUGGAAGAGUUUGGUAAAUUGACAGCCGGUUUGAUGGAAGUAAUAAUCUACAGUUCGCCGGACGACAAGAAGAAAAACCGGGGCUUCUGCUUCCUGGAGUAUGAGUCACACAAGGCGGCCUCGCUUGCGAAGAGGCGACUCGGAACGGGACGCAUUAAGGUGUGGGGGUGCGACAUAAUAGUGGACUGGGCGGACCCACAGGAGGAGCCCGAUGAACAGACGAUGUCCAAGGUGAAGGUGCUCUACGUCAGGAACCUCACGCAGGAGAUCACCGAGGAGAAACUGAAGGAGGUGUUUGAGGCGUUCGGCAAGGUGGAACGCGUGAAAAAGAUCAAAGACUACGCAUUCAUCCAUUUCGAGGACAGGGACAACGCGGUCAAGGCAAUGGAGGAGUUGGACGGCAAGGAGAUGGGUGGGUCGAACAUCGAGGUGUCGCUCGCGAAGCCGCCGUCGGACAAAAAGAAGAAGGAGGAGAUAUUGAGGGCGCGGGAACGGAGAAUGAUGCAGAUGAUGCAAGUCAGGGGCGGCAUGAUGCCGGGAGCGAUGCCGCUGCGGGGGCCGCCCGGUCAAGGCCCGCGGACGGGGCCCGGCAUGCGGGGUUCGAUGGGUCGGGGGGACUACGAUUACGAUUACGACUAUUACGGUUACGGGGACUAUAGAGGCGGCUACAGCGAUCCAUAUUACGACGACUUUUACCGAUACGAGGAUUAUUAUUAUGAGUACCAGCCGACCCCGCCUGCGCAACCCAGAGGACGGGGCCGGCCAGCUCAGCCGGAACUGGACGAGGAAGACCUCGAUGAGGCGGACGACAUCCAGGCUGGCCGUGGGCGUGGGGCGGCGGCACGUGGCCGGGCAGGUGGGCCCCCAGUCCGUGGGGGGGCAGUCAACCGGGGGGCGGUCCGGGGCGGAGCGGCAGGAGCCCGUGGGGUGGCGCGCCAAGUCGCUCGUGGAGUGGGCCGCGCCAAGGGAAAUUUACCAGCAGGUAAACGGAAGUUCGACGGGGGUCACCAGAACCAGGGGGAGACGAAGCGCCGCUUUCAGCAGCAGGGCGGCGGCGGUUGGGGCAAUCAGCCGCUGGCCCAGCAGCCUCUGGGCGACGUGAACGGCGAACAAUGGUACCAGGACUCGUACGGGGCCUGGAGCUAGAUGGCGCGACCGUCGGACGCGCGAGAGAGAGCGUGAGCGAGUGCUAGCGUGUGAGAACGAGCGCGUGAAUUGGGCGUGACAGCGUGCGACGUGUGCGCGCGACAGCCCGCGAGGCCCUCUGGUGGCGGCGGCCGUGGAACUUUGCAAUGGACUCUGUCGGCGACGACCUCGAGAAAGCUCCGACGUUCCGGGCGUGCGGCGCGCGUUCCGAACCCGACCGGGCGCGAGCGACACCUAGCGUCCGCAAUAGGGCCCAACUCUACCACUUAGCGAAUUACGUGCAAAAUAGCGCUUUAGAUAAAUAAACUAAUUGCUAACGGGACGGUUCUCAAAGCCUCGACGGCGUGUCGCCCGCGCGUCAGUCCCUUUUCGGCGCCUAACCUCAAAAUUUCCUGCGCGCGCGCGCGCUCCGGCGAGUCGGCGGCGGUCUCUCCCCAACUGUCGCGGAUCGGAAUUUCUUAAAAAAUUUGCCCGUCUUUGCCUUGUCUGCAUUCGUUCGUUCCAUAUGAUAUAUGCAUAAUUUUUUUUUUGUUUAUCAAAUUUCAAAAUCGUUGUAAAGCGACCCGGUCGUUUUGAAAUUUUGAACGUUUUUCGUUUUUAAUAUUAAAUUGUAUGGUUGUUCUUUGAAAAAAAAAAGUUUUCUUAUUAUUAAAUUUGACUUGUUUGCGGCCAGCUUCCCGCCCCCGGCGGGGGUGGGAGGAGCCUCGGUUAAUAGUCGUCCUGAUCGGCGCUUGUUUUUUUUUAUUACGUAAUUUGACGUCGAAACAGCCGACCGUCACCGCGACGCGACGCCUCCGCGCCCGGGGGCGGAUGCCCUUCAGCCUGCUACGCGUUUCGGGUUUUUUUUUAUCGGCCGCCCCUCCAGGCGGAGGCGUCGCUGCGCGUCGGCCCGAAUCGGAAAGGGAAACAAAAAAAUCCCACGCAAGGAUCGGCAGUGAUCUUUUUUUUAUAUACAUAUUAUAUAUAAUAUAAUUAUAUAUUUUAUUCUCUGGUGAUGCAUUUUUUGCAUUGUGAUGAUUGUAUUUUAGCGGUAAUUUAAGGAGUUUACGCGGACAUAUACUUCUGUUUCAAAAAGUAUCUACACGAUAUCGGGAGAAUAGAGCGUGAUCCCUCCCUCAACCCCCUUCGAUGCCACAACAACCUUUCACCCCGCAAUAUAGCUCCUCUGGAUAACAAAAAAAAUUGCCGUGUGCGGGCCUGACCGACUCACCACCGAUUGCAAUUAUUUUUUUAUAUAGUUAAACUAACGUUAUUGUUGUUUUUUUUUUAUAUUUUCGAUUUGUUUUCUUCCCUCCCAUCUACCGUUGCCGUAGUUUUUCUCACAUCACCGGUUUAUUUUUCUCUUUGGUCACCACCAUCACCACCACACACACACACACACACACACACACAGAACGUCAAUUAUAAGAUUUCCCUCCUUUUGUACUUUCGUCCUAAUUAAUAAUUUUCCUCGUUGUUAGUGUGACGUAGCUAAUGAUAAUUUUUUCGAUUGACACAUAUAUAGAGUUGUACCGUCUAAAUAAUAACACGAACCUAUUGUCUUAUACUUUACUUGCAACGUUUAUUUUUUAUUAACCACACGGAACAUGGAAAAAAUUAUUUUAAAAAUGAAAUAAAAAAUUAAAAGAAGCAUACCACUGUGGAGGCAGUGGUCCCGUCCCGGGAUCGCGCCCCCGUCGAGUCCGGAUUGAAGCCCCGGCCCUGCUGCAUUACUGUUUGAUAUAAUAACGUCUUAAUCAAUAUUUUGAAAAAGCGGACUGAUGAUUUAAUAUGUCUCAAUAAACAGUUGUAUGUGUAUUACGAUUUUAAA